GGCCCCGCCCGGCCCCGCCUCCGCACGUGACGCCACUGGAGCGCUAGGCUUGCGCUUGCGCAGACACGCCCCGUUUCCUCCACCCCCGAGUGGCUCCGCCUCCCUUUUCCUCCCUCACUUUACGGCCGUGCUAUGAACUCUUCUUUACAGUCUCUCUCUGCUUCUAAAUAGAAAUGUCGUAAGGUUGGAGAGGCAAACUCUGAGUUUGCGACCUUAACUCUCACUUUCCGGCCAGCACAGAGAUUCCUGAAGGCUGGUUGGGUUGGUGAGGCCUGAGGAAUAGCUUCUGGGAUUUCUGAGAAGCCCUUCUCAAUACAAGAUGGAUCCUGUAGUCUUGAGUUAUAUGGACAGUCUACUGCGACAGUCGGAUGUCUCACUAUUGGAUCCUCCAAGCUGGCUCAAUGACCAUAUUAUUGGUUUUGCCUUUGAAUACUUUGCCAAUAGUCAGUUUCAUGAUUGCUCGGACCGUGUCUGCUUCAUCAGCCCCGAAGUCACCCAAUUCAUUAAGUGCACCAGCAGCCCUGCAGAGAUUGCCAUGUUCCUUGAACCCCUGGAUCUUGCCCACAAGAAAAUUUUAUUUUUAGCCAUCAAUGAUAAUUCUAACCAGUCAGCUGGGGGUACCCACUGGAGUUUGUUGGUUUAUCUCCAGGAUGAAAAUAGCUUCUUUCAUUAUGAUUCCCAUAGCAGAAGCAACUCAAUCCAUGCAAAGCAGGUAGCAGAGAAACUGAAGGCUUUCUUAGGGAGCAAAGGAGACAAACUGGUCUUUGUGGAAGAGAAAGCCCCAGCUCAACAAAACAGCUAUGACUGUGGGAUGUACGUGAUAUGUAACACUGAGGCCUUGUGUCAGAACUUCUUUAGACAACAGCCAGAGUCUCUACUGCAGCUACUGACCCCAACAUACAUCACAAAGAAGAGGGGAGAAUGGAAAGAUCUAAUUGCCAGACUUGCUGAAAAAAAAGAAGUAGCUACUGCAGAGUGCUUAUGAAGUUUGCAGUCCUCUCCUUCUGCAGCUACUGACCCCAACAUACAUCACAAAGAAGAGGGGAGAAUGGAAAGAUCUAAUUGCCAGACUUGCUGAAGAAAAGGAAGUAGCUACUGAAGAAUGCUUAUGAAGUUUGCAGUCCUCUCCUUCUGCCCUUCCCUAUGGUGACAGCCUCAGUGCCUAAGGGAAAACCACUAGUAGAUGAACGUUUACUAGUCCUGCUUCUUUGUUUUCUUUAAAAACAUCCUCUACGUUUAUCUGAAUGGGAAGUUUCACUUUAACCCUGAAGAGAGCAGUACAUUCUGUGAAAAUGUCUUGAAUUUAUGUACCAAAACCUUGAGAAAAAAAUUAUUAUACAGUUUCAAGUAAGAUUCUUUUUUCUUGUUGCUAUAAAAUUAAUUUCCUUUUGGUCUCCCCUUCCAUUGGCUUAUUCUAAAGGAAAAGCAAUGUUCUAAAGCAAACCUAUGACAUGGAAUCUAAAGACAUGCAUGGAAAAAACAGCAGAAGAACCAAAAUGUUACACAGCCAAAGUGAGAAGUAUCUGGCUGGAAGUGAAUCAUGGCCUAACUCCUCUUAGGGCCUUCAUGCUACCAAAAUAAGGCAUUCUCUGAUGCCAAGGCUUUCUAUCUGCAAAUAUUUAAUAAAGAUGACUUUAGCCCA